AUGCCGCGAUGCAAUCAGGACUUCGAGACGUUCAGGAACGAGUUGAAUUGCAACGAGUUCUUCGUGUGUGUCAACCAUAAGCCAGUCAAGUUUAAAUGCCCCUCUGAUCUCGCGUACAGCCAAACUUUAGGUGUCUGCGAUUACGCAAACCUAGUUGACUGCUCGAGCACUUCCACCGGCUCCAUUACCGCCGCUGUUCCAGCAGCACCAUCACCAACAACUGGCGCCCCCGCACAAGUACCAUCGUCAUCAUACAAACCGAUAUUCGCCCAAAGACCAGUCCCGCCUGAACUAAUAAACCUUCCUUCAACUUUCCCCAGUAGUAUUGCCCAACAAAUCAACAAAAUCCCCGACUCCUCUUUCACUGAUAAUCGAAUCAAUCAGCCAAUCGUACCUGUUGGUCCAGAAGAUGUUAAAGCACCGGAAUUCCAAUUCAAACCGAAAAUAACUGACGGAAACGCAAUAUUCAUGCAGAACUCUGUUUACAACAGCCAAAAUUUUGCAACUCCUGUGGCUGUUAUGUCUCCACAAGACGCAGUUCGCUUUUUGAAGUUCAAAGAAUUUACAGAAGGGAGUUCGCAACCAUCAAAUUGA